UGACGAGUUCGGUCGCUGUCAGCGCAAGUCGCAUCACUCUUCCAGCGCGCCCUUGGCGACUAUUGGCACCAGGAGGGUUCGUAGAGGACAUGCAAACAUGGAUCCAGCAGCGAAUUCCAUGACUGCGACGGAUCUACGGGCCCAAAUAGCCCACUGUGAGGAUCAGCUCGCGGCCUUGAAAGCGCGUCUUGCCGAGGUCGAGAGGGCAGACCGGCAGAGCCUCCAAGUUGGGGACGGCACAGGAGAAACACCGGCAGUUGAAGCGCGGACCGGGCCGGCAUGGAAGAGGCCCCUCCAAGAGGCCGAGUACGAGCGCUAUGGGAGGCAGUUGAUACUGCCCACGGUUGGAAUUCAAGGUCAGCUAAGGAUAAAGGCAUCUGCCGUCCUCGUCGUUGGAGCCGGCGGGCUCGGCUGCCCCGCCGCGGCGUAUCUUGCGGGAGCCGGUGUCGGCACCGUCGGCCUGGUGGACGGUGACGUUGUGGAGGCGUCCAACCUGCACAGGCAGAUCGCCCACAGCACCUCCCGCAUCGGCAUGCACAAGGUCGACAGCGCCAUUGCCUAUCUGAGGGACCUCAACCCCCUCCCAACGUACAACGCCCACCGCGAGCACCUGACGCCGCAAAACGCCGAGGCCAUCAUGUCGCGCUACGACCUCGUCCUCGACUGCACCGACCACCCGGCGGCGCGCUACCUCGUCUCGGACGCCUGCGUGCUGCUCGGCAAGCCCCUGGUGUCCGCCUCGGCCCUCCGCACCGACGGCCAGCUGAUGGUGCUCAACACCCCUCCCGCGCCGCCGGGCGGCAGCGACACCGGCGGAGGACCCUGCUACCGUUGCGUGUUCCCGCGCCCGCCGCCCGCCGACGCCAUACUCAGCUGCGGCGAGGGCGGCAUCCUGGGCCCCGUCGUCGGCGUCAUGGGCGUGCUGCAGGCCCUCGAGGCCCUGCGCAUCCUCGCGGCCGGCCGGCACCUCACCGCCGUGGGGCCGCCUCCCGAGCCCGCGGCGUCGCCAACACUGCUGCUCUUCUCGGCGCCCGCGGCCCCGACCUCGCCCGCGGGCUUCCGCAGCGUGCGCAUGCGCGGCCGCAGGAGGGACUGCUUCGCGUGCGGCGGGGCGGACUCGACGCUGUCGCUCGAGGGGCUGCGCGCCGGGGCGCUCGACUACGUGCGGUUUUGCGGUGGCAGGCAGGAGGAGGAUGUGCGGCUGCUGCUCGCGCCCGGGGAGCGCGUGUCGGCGACCGAGUACCACGCCUUGUUCGCCGCGGCGGGACAGGACGCGCAGGGACGGGGGGCGGCAAAGAGAAGGGAUCAUCUGCUGCUCGACGUGCGGGAGCGCGAGCACUUUGAGGUUGCGAGCAUCGAGGGCGCCGUCAACGUUCCCUUCUCCAAGACGCAGCAGCAGCAGCCGCGCGCCGAGGCCGGCGGUGGCGGUGGCAUGCCUGGCUGGCUGCCCGAGGGCCUGGCUGAUGACGCGCCGAUAUUUGUGGUCUGCCGGGUGGGCAACGACUCGCAGACGGUGGCGCGGCAGCUCAAGGACAUGGGCCUCGAUCGAGGCGGGGAGCGCUUCAUCGGUGACAUCGAGGGUGGUAUGAGGGCUUGGAAGACAGAGGUGGACAACACGCUGCCGUUCACCUGAGCUGUAUGCCAGGUUCCUCGUGAACUUUGGGGGCGAUGGAGGAAUACCAAUUAUCUCACUGAGCAAGCCUAAUUGCCACUUCUCCUCGCCCGCGUUCACAAUAUCACGAGGCACCAUCAACUAGGUGAAGAUUUCUUUUUUUUUGAUUCCCGAGAUUUCCCGCGGUACUGUACACGCUGGGAGAUGGUAUUUAGGCUAUUUGCAGUGCCUUUUGGGCUCUAAUGCGAGUCCCUUGUGAAAUGAUUCGAGUGUCCCACGUUG